CUUCUCUUCUUCCCUACGAAAACAAAAAAGGGGAGCAGUUGAGAAUAUCACUAUAUUUCUCUGGAAAGAGUUUGCACACCUCUCUUGUUGCCGGUCUUUCAUCUUUCCCUGAUAUAUACUUCCAUUAAUUCGCGAAUUCAAUCCCAAAAGGGGAAAAAGCUGCAGUAACAAAGAUGGCGAGCGCAAUGGUAGAAGACACGAGCUUCGAAGAUGACCAGCUGGCGAACAUGACCACCGAGGACAUCGUCAGAGCCUCUCGCUUACUCGACAACGAGAUUCGCAUCCUCAAGGAAGAGUUGCAGAGAACGAAUUUGGAGUUGGAAUCGUACAAGGAGAAGAUAAAGGAGAAUCAGGAGAAGAUUAAGCUCAAUAAGCAGUUGCCCUACCUUGUUGGAAACAUUGUUGAGAUAUUGGAAAUGAACCCAGAAGAUGAAGCUGAGGAAGAUGGUGCCAAUAUUGAUCUCGACUCGCAAAGGAAGGGGAAAUGUGUUGUGCUAAAGACAUCCACGCGACAGACCAUCUUUCUUCCUGUUGUUGGGCUCGUUGACCCUGACAAGUUGAAACCGGGUGAUCUGGUUGGUGUUAACAAGGAUAGUUACUUGAUCUUGGAUACCCUACCCUCUGAGUAUGAUUCUCGAGUUAAAGCCAUGGAAGUUGACGAAAAACCAACAGAGGAUUAUAAUGACAUUGGUGGGCUAGAGAAGCAGAUCCAAGAAUUAGUAGAAGCCAUUGUUUUACCAAUGACACACAAGGAGCGGUUCCAGAAGUUAGGUGUUCGUCCACCAAAGGGAGUGCUCUUAUACGGACCUCCAGGGACUGGGAAAACAUUAAUGGCACGUGCUUGCGCAGCACAGACAAAUGCUACUUUUCUGAAGUUAGCAGGCCCACAGUUGGUUCAGAUGUUUAUUGGAGAUGGAGCCAAACUCGUCCGUGAUGCUUUUCAACUAGCAAAAGAGAAGUCCCCAUGCAUUAUAUUUAUAGAUGAAAUUGAUGCAAUUGGUACAAAGCGGUUUGAUAGUGAAGUAAGUGGAGACAGGGAGGUACAAAGAACAAUGUUAGAAUUGCUCAACCAGCUUGAUGGUUUUAGCAGUGACGAUCGCAUUAAGGUGAUAGCAGCCACAAAUCGGGCAGAUAUUCUUGACCCAGCUCUUAUGCGUUCUGGUCGUCUAGAUCGUAAAAUUGAAUUUCCACACCCAACUGAAGAAGCAAGAGCUAGAAUUCUGCAGAUCCAUUCGAGGAAGAUGAAUGUUCAUCCGGAUGUAAACUUUGAGGAACUUGCUCGGUCCACAGAUGAUUUCAAUGGAGCACAACUUAAGGCUGUCUGUGUUGAGGCUGGAAUGUUAGCCCUAAGGCGUGAUGCUACUGAGGUGAACCACGAGGACUUUAAUGAAGGUAUCAUCCAAGUCCAAGCAAAGAAAAAGGCAAGCUUGAAUUAUUAUGCAUAAGCUUGAUUUUGGAUCAAGCUAGUUCAGCAAAUUUGAUGUUUGACAUUUGUUUGCUGUUUUCAAUUUAUUGCAAAUUUUACUCUUAAAUUAUAUUUAACCAAAUAGCAUACGAAUAUCACCGUCUUCUAAAAGUACAUUAUCUUGGAAUUUGUUUGGAAUAUUGCUAAAAAAUUAGAUGUGCUUGGGUUGGAAUCAGA